CUAUUUUUAAAUGUGUAAUCACUUUUCUGCCUCCAUCUUUCAGGACAGGAACUAUGUCUGUCUGCUUACCACUGUAUCGCUAAUACUCACUGCUAUUCCUAGCACAAGUUAUAUGCUCAAUAAAUAUUUGCUCGACAAAGUAAUGAAUGGAUGAGUAAAAUAUUUAUAAUUAUGCCUCUGGAAGGCCUGGGUCUACAAAAUAGGUUUAUUUUCCACAACUAAACUUGGAUCUAGUUUGUUCAACUUUUUAAUGUCAGAAACUCGACAUAUCUUACUUUAUUAACUACUGUUGAGUAUUUACUUUCUACUGCUGACAGGUAAGUCUCCUACAGAGUAUCCCUAAGUAAAUAGUACCAUUUACCGAACCUGAAAUGCCCAGCCUCCCCAAAGCAACUAUUUGCAUGUAUCAGGUUCAGUUACAAAUGCAUGAUCUUAUUGUCUUUUCUAAGAGACUUUGCUGAUAGCUAAAGAAGACUAAAGCCUCUGGUUCCCCUUUCCUUUCCAAUUUUCCUGGGAACAUUCUGCUUACAAAAUCAAUUACAUGAAUCCACUUAACUAUUUGUAGUUAUUUUAUACAUUGUCUUCAAAGAGAGAUCAUAACUUACUUGAAUUGGGGGCUAUAUCUUACAUAUGAUUUUUGUAUUCACCCAGCUCUUAACAGAUUGUAGUUUAUUCUGUUAAAGACUGAAUAGUAAUAGCAUCGCAUAUCACAAAGAAUGCAACUCAGAAAAUAAGAAUAUAGGAGAAAGUGUAAUUUAAAUUAAUCAAUACAGAAGAUAAAUUAAUAUUUUGUCUCACACUUACUUGACUUUUUAAAACCUGAGAAUCUGCAGUCGCGUGGUGGCGCUGCAGGAUAAGAUGGGGACUUUUCUGUAUCAUCAAAUGCUCUGGUCUCCAUUAGUCAGUGGAACUGAGAGCACAGGAGAAGCAGGAAGGGGGAAAAGAGGAUUUCAAAAGAAAGCUAAGGAACCAACAACACCUUUGUGGCAGGAUUACAAAUCCACAGAUUACCAGUGGUCCAGGCUGAUAGAUAAGAGGAGCAAUUGAGGAGCUGUUUGCGACUGAGUUGAAACAUUUCUGCAAAAAGACAUUUGGCUAAGGAGCCAUGGAGUCAGGAGAGAGGUGCCCUCAGCAGAUAAGGCAAGUGCUGCUUUUCUUUGUUUUCCUGGGAGGGUCUUUGGUGUGUUCAGAGCCCUGGCGCUAUUCUGUAUCAGAGGAAAUGGAAAUUGGCUCCUUUAUAGCCAAUGUGGUGAAAGAUACAGGUUUGGGUGUUGAAGACUUGGUUGCACGGGGGGCAAGAGUCAUCUUUGAUGACCAUAAACCAUAUUUACAGUUGGAUCAGCAGACUGGCAACUUGCUCUUAAAUGAACAACUGGACCGGGAGGCACUUUGCCAUCUCACAGAACCAUGUAUAUUGCAUUUCCAGGUAUUAUUUGAAAAUCCUUUACAGUUUUUUCGGGCUGAGCUUUGGGUCAAUGACAUAAAUGAUCAUACCCCUGCAUUCCUAGACAAACAUAUACUUCUGAAAAUCUCAGAAGGUACUGCUCCAGGAGCCUCAUUUCCAAUGGACAGUGCCCAGGACUUGGAUGUAGGAAAGAAUGGUGUCCAAAACUACACAUUAAGCCCCAAUCCUUAUUUCCAUCUUAAAUUACAAGACAGUGAUGAUGGAAGAAAAUACCCAGAGCUGUUCCUGGACCAAUCUCUGGAUCGAGAAAAGGAAUCUGAGUUUACAUUAAUUGUAACAGCUUUGGAUGGCGGGUCCCCGCCCAGGUCUGGAACUACACUUGUUCGUAUUUUGGUCUUCGAUAUCAAUGACAAUGCUCCAGAGUUUGAGAGGUCUGUCUAUGAGGUUCAGGUACCAGAAAACAGCCCUCUGGACUCCUUGGUCGUUAGGGUGUCUGCUACAGAUUUGGAUGCGGGAAUAUAUGGAGAACUAUCAUACUCAUUUUCCCAUGUCUCCAGAGACAUACGGAAAACAUUUGAAAUCCAUCCAAUUUCUGGUGAAAUCCGCUUAAAAGCGCUUCUGGAUUUUGAAUUAAUUCAGUCAUUUACAAUAAAUAUUCAGGCAACAGAUGGUGGUGGCCUUUCAGGAAAAUCAGCAGUUUUAGUUCAGGUUGUGGAUGUGAAUGACAACCCACCAGAAAUAGUCAUGACAUCUCUUACCAGCCCCAUACCAGAAAAUUCGUCGCCUGAGAUGGUGGUCGCUAUUUUCAGUGUAAGAGACCAAGAUUCUGGGGACAACGGGAGGAUGGUGUGCUCAAUUGAGGACGAUCUCCCCUUUCUCCUGAAGCCUACCUUCAAGAAUUUCUACACUCUGGUAGCAGGACUCCCACUGGACAGAGAAAGCCAGGCCGAGUACAACAUCACCAUCACCGUCACCGACUUG